CCGAGCUCGCUAGUCCGAGUGUCCCGUAUCGGCUGCGCGCGGGUCCCCAGCGGCCGCGGCCAGCGCAGGCUUGGCGCCCGGUUCCCGUCUGCGUGUGGGGCUCCCGCGGCUGAGCCUGGCCGCUCCGCCUAGCGCCAUGUCCAAGCCACCUCCCAAACCGGUCAAACCAGGGCAAGUUAAAGUCUUCAGAGCUCUGUACACAUUUGAACCCAGGACUCCAGAUGAAUUAUACUUUGAAGAAGGAGAUAUUAUCUACAUCACUGACAUGAGUGAUGCCAGCUGGUGGAAAGGGACGUGCAAAGGCAGAACAGGACUGAUCCCGAGCAACUAUGUUGCUGAGCAAGCAGAAUCCAUUGACAAUCCACUGCAUGAGGCUGCAAAAAGAGGCAACUUGAGCUGGCUGAGGGAGUGCUUGGACAACCGGGUGGGUGUGAACGGCCUGGACAAAGCUGGAAGCACAGCCCUGUACUGGGCCUGCCACGGGGGCCACAAAGACAUAGUGGAGGUUCUGUUUACUCAGCCGAAUGUGGAGCUGAACCAGCAGAACAAGCUGGGGGACACGGCUCUGCAUGCGGCUGCCUGGAAGGGUUAUUCAGACAUUGUCCAGUUGCUACUGGAUAAAGGUGCGAGGACAGACUUGAGAAACAAUGAGAAGAAGCUGGCCUUGGACAUGGCCACCAAUGCUGCCUGUGCAUCGCUCCUGAAAAAGAAGCAGGGAACAGAUGGGCUUCGGACGUUAAGUAACCCUGAGGACUACAUUGAUGACGAAGACUCAGACUGAUUCCUCCCAGAGCGCUUUGAUGCCUAAACUUCUUUUGCUUUUGCCAUUCCAAAGCCUUGGUUGUUUUGCCAGAAGAGUAUUGAUAACUGUUCUCUUUAAAGUCUGUAUGAACGUGGCACUAUGGCAUGUGAUCUGUGACGAGUCGGCAUGUACAUGGGUGACUCUCACCUGUGGCUUGCCAAUGAGUGACAGGAUGCUAUGCUGUAUAAAAUACAUAUAUGUUCACCAGGGUAAAACAAAACAAAAAAGAUUAUUUCUAUUUAUCAAGCUAAAGGAAUUUUAAUAUUUUUCUUUAAAAAAUUAAUUUUUUAAAAAGUUCUUUACCUCAAGGAAUAGGAGGUUUUGAAUGGGUUUUAAUGGGGGAGGGGCAAUGCUUUAUUAUAACAAUAGACCAAAACUCUCACAGAAAAGUGUCAGCUCUUUUGACAAAAAUAAACAUUUAAAGAGACUUUCUUACCUGUUUUUGUGCUAUUACUCAUUGCUGGUAAAUAAAUAAAGCUUUUUCUACUCAGGUAAGAACUGACUUUACCUUAUGUUU